AUGUUGCUCUUGCGUUGGGGAUUAUUUCUGAUAUUCUUCUCUGUCGUUCUCGCGGAGCGAUCGAUUUAUUCCACCCAUGAUCCUCGACAUUCGCAUGAUCUGGAAACUGACACAACCUACUCGCUCAAUGUCUCAUCUUGUCCAGGCUAUACAGUAACCUCUGUGGAUGAAUCAAACACUGGGCUCAUCGCUAAAUUGGACAUUGCUGGAGCAGCUUGCAACGCAUUUGGUCGUGACUACACAAAUCUCACCGUUGAAGUAGUCUACGAAUCUCAGAACAGGCUUCACGUUCACAUCUAUGACACGGAGAACUCGCAGUUCACAAUACCUGAGACAGUGAUAUCCCGCCCGCCAAAGCCUUCCGACAGCUUUACUGACAGUUCGGACCUUGUUUUCAACUAUGACUCCUCUCCGUUUGCGUUUUGGAUCACCCGUCGCUCCGAUCCCGCCGCUGUUCCCCUGUUCGACACGCGACUAAGCUCACUGCCCCCUACGCCCAUCCCACCUGUCAUGGAAGGUGAUCCGUCAACGGCACUCGAUGGCUUUCCCCUCGUCUUUGAAGAUCAGUAUCUUCAGCUGACAUCCUCGUUGCCCCUUGGUACUAACAUCUAUGGCUUGGGAGAAGCUGUAUCAAGCAGCGGUUUUAGACGUGAUGUUGGUACAAAUGGCGGGAUUGGGACGAUUCAGACCAUGUGGAAUCGCGACGAUCCUGAUCCUGUCGACGAAAACAUGUACGGGUCCCAUCCAAUAUAUCUAGAACAUCGAUACAAUGAGACGACCCAAAAAUCUCAAUCGCAUGGUGUGAUAUUGCUCAGCUCUGCAGGGUCAGAUAUCCUGCUGUUGACGCCGCCGUCUUCGCCGGUGUCGCUCGUUCAGUACCGCCUGAUUGGUGGAACGCUUGAUUUCUACUUCUUCUCGGGGCCAACAUCCCAGCAGGUGAUCGAACAGUAUGGUGUGAUGAUUGGCUUGCCAACGUGGCAACCUAUGUUUGGUUUUGGAUUCCAUCUCUGUCGCUGGGGAUUUCCGAACCUCACAGUGACUAGGGAUCAGGUCAUUAGGAUGAGAGAAGCUAACAUUCCUCUCGAAGGCAAGUCAUAUUAA